AUGGCGGCGGCGUUAAAAGCUCCCAGCAGGAGGCCGACCGCAGGAAGGAGAAAACCUUUAAGUGGGCACAGCCGGAGAAAACAAAGUGAGUGACGGGCUUUUAAAGACACGGUAGCUGUGAUUGAAGCAGAGAAAGUGUCAUAAAUGAGGCCGACGCCGACGCCGCCACUGCUGCCGACGCCAACGUUAAACGAAAGAGACUGGAGACGUACUUUGUGAUGCGCUCACAUUAAGGUCGUUUCAGUCUGCGGUGGAUUAACUCCUUAAAUAAAAUCACAUUCCUUGUAGUCGGACUUGGACGUGUUUGUCGAUUGUUUUGGAGACGUGAGUUUAACCUGGAGGAAGCUGAAAGGAGGAGGAUCAUCAAGAUCCAUCGAUCUGCAGAAACUCUGAUUGACGACUUCCUGCUCUGUGAUCGGGGACAUGUUGACGUAGAUGAUCUUGGCGAGGAGGAUUAA